AUGGGAGACAAGAAUGAAGCUGCGCGACAGGUAACAGGUAGUGCAGUGCGGCCAGUCACCGGCAGCAGCCCGUCUGGGUAUGGUACGAUGGGCGGCGGAGGCGACCCGGCGGUGCUGAGCCGCGUGGUGGAGCUGGAGAACGUGAUAGCGACGGUCAAGAACUCGCUGGACAACCAUGCAUCGUCGUACUUUUCGGUGGCCUCGCAAAUAGCAGAAUUGAAUGCGCGCAUCGGCAAGCUGGGCGUGGCGCUUCCGCACGCAACGCGGGCAGCGCCUGAAGUACCGGCAAGCGCACCGGCAAGCGCACCAGCGGAAAAGAAGGCAGAGCCACCCCAGGACGAGGCGGCCGACCCGCAGUACGACCGCAUCCAGCAGAUGAUCGACUCGCUGAUCAGCGAGGCCAAUUCGGCGCUGGAGGCCAAGCCGGCAGUGGCCUCAGACGACCCACAGCUGUCGGAUUUCCCCGAACCAAUAAUUCCCAAGAGUGCAUCGCAGCCGCCGGCGUUCCACACAAAGAAGCGGGCUGGGCGCACUAAGCCACGGCUGGCGCUGGACUGUUCGCCAGAGCUGCUGGCACGGCGCCCAUCGUCAGCACAGGGCGCGCGGCGGCGGCGACGGGCACCAGCGGCGUACUCGAGCAGCGACCCAACCGAGGCCGACGGCGAGUCGGACAUGCUGCGGGCAUCCCGGCGCAGCAGCUUCCGACCAGCUCGGCAGCGCGCUGACACAGCCGACUCGGUUCUGUCGAACUCAUCCGAGACAUGCGUGGCCAGCGACGUGCUGUCGCACAGCUCGCGGCGGUUGUCGGCCAUGGGUGUGCGAGCGUUUUGCACGCCCACGCGGGCCACGUUCGAUGGCGCACGCGAGUUCCCACACCUGGGCACUGACCGCACCAUGCACCGUCGCAGCGUGUCGCGCGACGAGGGUGUGCCGCUAAUCCGGCGAUUCCGCAACUCGGUGACACGCGCGGCGCUGAUGUCAGCAUCACUGGUGGACGGCAGCGUCAACGACGAGAUUGCUGCACGCGCUGCACGCACGCGCUCCAGCACCACCGUCAGCGAGAUCUCAACGUCGUUUGCGCGCUGGGAUGAUGCCGCUGCCGAAGUCUCGGCGCUGGCCGACAGUUUCCGCGAUGCCGAUGCGCGCUGGUCACUAGACGUAGCCCGCAGCAGCACCGAGAGCGACGCCGGGCGGAGCCGCACGUGCCCAGUGCGCACCCCCGAUGCUAUCGAGGAGUAUGAUAGCGCUGCUGAGGCCACCCGGCUGCUGGCACCUGCCCACCCUGGCUCACCCGCGCCGUCUGCUCUGGUCGGCAUGGCCAGUCUGCUGUACUGGACUCUACUGUUCACUCUGGGUGCCCUGAUGCUCGACUCGUUCCUAUGCCAGGUCGCCGGCAAGCGCGUCAUGAACUCUGUUGACAAGAUCGCCCAGAUCGAGGGCGUUGAGCACGAGUCUGAAGACGACGCCGACUCGCCCAACGUCUCCAACACCGUCGGCCGCUUCGUCCGCUGGUAUAUCGAGGGUACCGAGGACAGCCCACCCCCAGCCUCCCUGGGCAUUGCUGCUGGACGGAAGCGGCGCCCACCCAUCCAGCGCAAGCCGUCGGCUGCCCGCGGGUCUUUCCGUUACAUUGACUGA